CUUGAAGAAAUAACAGCAUGUGUAUUUUUUAAUGUGCAUUUCUCUGGAUUUCUUGACAGGAAGGCCUUAAAUCAUGAACUUUCUAAACUUUUCAACAAGAUGUGGGACAUGGAUGUUAACCGCCUUAUGCCUGGGAAAGACUACACAAUUGAUUUGCAGGGCAAAGCAGGUGCCACACAGCAAGGUGACAGUGCUGUCCAGGACAGCGCAGCCAGACAUCUGUUUCACAACGUAAAUGAAGAACGCCUGAAGAGCAUAAAAACUUUUGCAACUUUUAUUUCCUUAUUGGACAACUAUGAGAGAUCAACCGGUGUAGCAGAAGUAGUGACUCCAGGAGAAAUAGCUGAAAACAAUUGUUUUCUUGAUGCUAUCUUAGCGACAGAAGUCAUGAAACUAGCUCAUGAAUAUCUGCUUAAAAAAAACCUAGCAAAGCCAAAACUUGCCGAUUUCAAACAUCAGCUCUAUGACAUCUGGUUCCAGCUCUAUGCCAGGAAAGAAGGAGACAGACCUGAUUCUUGCGGCUUUGAACAUGUUUUUGUUGGAGAAACAAGGCGUGGUAAACAGAUCCUAGGUUUGCACAACUGGGUGCAAUUUUACCUUCAGGAAAAGCUCAACCAAAUUGACUACAAGGGAUAUGUUGCUCGGAAGAACAAAACCAGGCCUGACCAAGAUGACCAAGUUUUGAGCAUCCAGUUCAGCUGGAAGGGCUCAGUCAAGCCAAUUGGAAGCAUCUUUAUUGGUGUCAGCCCGGAGUUCGAAUUUGCCCUUUACACCAUCAUUUUCCUGCUGGCUGAAGAAAGAGUCACACGUGAAACAGUGAAGAUAGAGGAAUAUGAGCUACAGAUGGUUGUUUGCCGCCAUGGGCACCACAUUGGAACAGCAUAUCCAGUACUCCUCAGCACCAGUAGUGAAGACUAGUACUUAGAGUGAUAAGGCAACAUUC